AUGCUUCGCCAACAAGUUCGCUCGCUUCACGCGACUGCGAGAAGAUAUGAUUUCUCCAAGAUGACCAUUGUGGGCCGUAUAGGCUCGGAUUUCAGCGAGUACACAUCUUCCAACAACAACAAGUACUUGAAGUAUAGUCUAGCUUCUCAGCCAAGAAGAGACGGUCCCACCAACUGGUAUAAUAUGACGGUGUUCAACGAGCAUCAGAUGAACUUUCUGACGCAAUACGUCAGAAAAGGCGCGCUGGUCUACGUUGAGGCUGAUGCGGCCAACUACUCUUUCGAAAGAGAGGACGGUUCCAAGGGCACCACAUUGAGUUUGGUCCAAAGUAUGUUUUUACCCCCGCUGGGAAAUUUAAUGCGACUUCGAUGUACAAUACUAACACCCGACAACAGAAGAGAUCAAUUUGCUAAGGAACGGCAAAUCUGA